GACGCACAGGGGUCAUUUCCACAAAGGUUGACGAACUAUACACAUGUGUACUGUACAUAUCCGGGAUCGCGUAGUCAGACUGGGUUUCUGCAUUCUGGUAUAGCACUGGCACUGAGUUUGAGCAUUAAGAUUUCUUUGAAAUGUCGUCAGUCAUCCUAAGUGCUUUGUGCAGACCUGUUUCCACAGCCUUGUGCAGGUUUCCCUCCACAAAUCGACUGCCAAAGUACAGACGGACUUUCGAAAUUCUCUUUCGCCAGGUCAUCAAGUCGGGUUCUUCGUCACCAUGGUCACGGUUGAAUGCGCAGACUUAUACCUCCACCUGCAUCUCAAAGUCUAGGACUUCGUUUCCCGGCUUUUCUGUUUGUAAUCGUGUCAGCAGUCUGGGAGACAGCAGUUUACAUACAGUACCUCCCAAGCACCCCACAAUAUGUAACGAAAGACUCAUUUCAAUGAGCGCACGACACCUUGCGAAAAAGGGAGAAUUGGUCACCAUCCACUUCAUCAACAGAGAUGGGGAGAAGAUUACCGUGAAAGGCAGAACCGGUCAGAAUAUACUGGACGUUGUGGUGGACAAUGACCUGGACAUUGACGGAUAUGGUGCGUGUGAAGGGACCCUUUCCUGCUCAACAUGCCACCUGAUCUUCGCUGACGAUCUCUUCCAGCAUUUGCCAAAGCCGUCGGAUGAGGAACUUGACAUGUUGGAUCUGGCGUACGGGCAGACCGAUACGUCCCGCCUUGGCUGCCAAGUCAUCCUGACCAAGGAGAUGGACGGGAUGACUGUUGUCGUUCCAGAAGGGGUAGCAGACGCCAGGGAUGUUUGAAGCCGGCUAGGUGGACCAUUGUGCCAAACUCUAGGGGGCUCUGUGACGAUUACAAUCAUCUCAUAACAGAUGCAUUGUUUUGUACGCUUCCUCCAGUAACUCAUUUCUUUGCCCCCUCGGAAUCUUACCUGUGCAAGCUCUGCAGCCACUUCGGAGAUACUUUAUGAGUUCAAGGAGACACAGUUGUUAUAAUGGUGAUGGCGUGGGCACAAUGUCUUGGAAGACUGCAUAACAGAUUUAUAUGCUAAGCAAAAAUAGGCUGGAAACCAGUCACAAAGAUAAUGAAAUGUGUGGCAUUUUAGCAGGCAACCUACUUUUGUUAAGCAGAUUAUUUUCCAUGUUGAGCAGAUUCUGGAAAAAAAAAAUUUCCAUAGUGUCAGCAGAAUCUCUCUCAAAAAGAUCAGUUUUAAUUCCAAGUGUGAUUAUCUUCACAUAAGUAUGUAUUCAGGAUGCUGUAAGAGGAAUGAUUUCAGAGAAUUAGAUUAGCGGGAUAUAUAUUUUUGUUUUUGGAAAGUUGUGAUUUUUAAAAAUUCACCAUCUUUGGCUUUUAAUCAUAUACAGUGUAAUGAGUUUCUACUUGCUCACAUGGACCCUAUGUUUCAACAAUUUAUUAUAGAGUCUUGUUUAAUGUAAUGUUACUUGACUUCUUCUCUCAAGGGGAAAUGUAAAAUAAUAGCAUUUUUGGUGUUCUUUUCUAUUAGGGUAUGUAGUAGUACAAGAUAUAUUUUGGGUGGAAUAAAUGACGAUAGCAAAUUUUAGUAAAGAA